UCUCAGGGGCGAGAUUUCCUAGACAGCGUCCCGUUUCCAUUCUCGCAGGCUACAGCUCAAGAUGAGUCCCCUCCUUCCUCGGCGGUGUCUGCUCAUUGUCAGCGAAGCACUUUCCUCGUGGAGUGCGGGCCUCAUAGACCAAAGAUACGAACGACGAGGACUACUAGCAGACGAGACCAGAACUGGUCUAGUUCCUUGCCGAUCGCUAGCGUCAAAGCGUCGUUGACAACGUCCGCAGAUUUUCUGCGAGCAAUUGGUCUUGACGCGAGAGAGUCAGUCGUUACACUAAAAAUCGAAAGUGUGGUUGGCGUGUGGAGUCUGCUGUCACUUCCAGGUUCUCUUGUGAAGAACGCGACCAUCCCGCCCCAGUUAAUUGGUCCGAAAAUUAUAUCCCGCCAACGAACCAGUGCUCGUUCUAGCAUGCGUGAGACCAGAACCGACCCUUCCAGUCUGUGAGAUUGGCUCUGUCUCCAAAAGGUGCCUAUCGAACUCCGUCAAGGGCGAUGAAUUUACGCGCAUUUGUAGCGACCGCUCAUCUCGUCGCCCUCUUGCAUAAUGGACUGGGCAUGAUGAAACUGGAUAAGCACGAGCACGAAAAAUGCGGGCGAGUCGCUCCUACGCAGAGGCAGUCACGGGCUGCGAACGACUCGAGGACGGCUACCGCUACGCCAUCCACCACGGGGCGAAUCUUCAACGGGAAGCCGAGCAAGAGGGGCGCUUGGCCUUGGCAAGUUUCGCUCCAACUUCUUCACCCGAAAAUGGGCUUCAUCGGACACUGGUGCGGCGGAGUUCUCGUCGAUCCGAUGUGGGUGCUGACCGCAGCCCACUGCAUCCACAACGAACUCUUCAAUUUGCCCGUUGGCGCCUUAUGGACAGCGGUGGUUGGUGAAUGGGAGCUGGACUCUAGGCGACGAGGAUCUGCUCGGCUUCCGGUGGAAAGGGUCAUCCAACACGAACGUUUCAACAACUACGUCCACGAUAUAGCUCUCUUAAAGUUGGUCAGACCAGCCCCACUGUCAUCCAUGGUGCGGACAAUCUGUCUGCCUGACAAGGACGUGAGGCUACAGGAGCAAGCUCACUGCGUUGCAUCUGGCUGGGGUCGAUCCGGUCCUUCACCAGCUCUUUCUACAGCUCUUCUGGAGGCCAGCGUCCCUCUGCUGGAGCUUGAAGACUGCGAAAUAGCCUACGGACAGACCGUGCCAAUCCGUGGUGGGCAUCUUUGUGCUGGACAUACCGAUGGUUCGACUGGAAGUUGCGUGGGUGAUUCAGGAGGUCCGCUACAGUGUCGGCGCGCAAACGGCGACUGGGAAUUAGCCGGUGUCACGUCAUUUGGCUCGGGGUGUGCGCAGCCUGGUUACCCGGAUGUCUACACCCGUGUGAAGCACUAUGUAACAUGGAUUAGAGACACCAUUCGAGCUGACAGAAACUCGUGAAAUCACGAAUAGGUACUGUCGAUACAUUUCUCAACACAAACGUUCGCACUUCCUUAUAUGCGCCAUUGCAGACGCAAUGUUAGAGUUGAUUUGUGGCAUUGGGGUGGAGUGCAGUGUCAAUUGAGGGAAUCGAAUGGUUCAGUUCCUGAUUAUGCUUUGGAUGGCUUGAUUUGAUACUUAUUAACUUGUACAAUCAGUAAAGUAAGGUCGAUGAGUUUCGAGGAUGGAUCGACCCUCUUGCGAAGUAAAAAAAAGACGAAUCCUGAUCAUCAUUAGCAACUUAAUGAUAUUUGAGUACCUGAAUGCAAGAACACCCAAAGUAGAUUAGUAGUUCAAUAUAGCACCGAAAUAUUUGUCUAACGGACAAUGCGAGUGACUUUCAGAUGGACAAAACUAUUUCAAUGUAUCUGUCGAUCUUGAACAAACGCUUGAGGUGCGAUUGUGUAUUUCUUGCACCUACCAGAUAUGCGGCACUGUUCCACGUGGAACAAAUUACCUGCAAGAGUAUCUAGUUCAGUUAUGAUUUCAACUUCGAUAAACUAAAGCUUGAGAUCAACUACGUUUUCAUAAGCAGCGGGUGAAACCUGCACAACAAAUUUAUCGAGUGAAAUCACCGAGCCGCUCAUUGUGAUAAAUAGUUCCUUGUAGAUGUAAGAAGCAUGCAUUGUCCAUUAAUGAGUAUUGUGAAGUUUUUGUAGCGAAAUAAAAUGAGUAAAAAGCCGCGA